AUUGGAUGGGGACAAUGUUGGACUCUUCGCCUGAACUGUGCUUACUUUACGAUGAGGUUUCACGAUGAAUGCUUUGCCUGGCGAUAUUCCCAACACUAUUACACUUAGUUCAGAAUUAUAUUGAAAAAAAAAAUCUAAUUAAAAACAAGUGAGGCCGUUGAGCCCGAACAAUGUUGCCAUAGAGAGAGCCGCUCAUUUUCCCACCAAAAAACGUCUCUGUAGAAGCCAAGCCAUCAACAACGCUCCUCUCUUUCUUUCUCUCUUAAAGAUUUUGAAAUUGGUUGUUAGCGGGUUAAGAUGAUGAAUCAGAUAGAAGAUGACAACAGUUCAGUUGAUUUUGACAUGCAACUGAUAGGGAAUUUCUUGAGUUUCGCAUCAAGGGGCGAUAGGGUUGGGCUGAACCAGAUGUUGAGGGCUGGUACUUCUCCUAAUGUGCAAGACUAUGACAAACGGACUGCUUUGCAUCUUGCAGCCAGUGAGGGCCAUGCUCCUAUUGUUGAGCUUCUUCUUCACUACAAAGCUAAUGUCAAUCUCAAGGACCGCUGGCAACGGACUCCCUUGACAGAUGCGAGACUGUAUGGACAUCGGGAUAUAUGUAGAAUCCUAGAAGUACAUGGAGGCAAGGAUUUUAUCAACGAUCAACCAAUGACUGUUAGACAUGAACAAGACUCCGAUGAACUGAACUUUGAUAUUUCAGAACUGAACACAGAGCGGUCAUCAACAGUUGAACAGGGCGUCUUUGGUGAAUCAGUCAAGGUCAAGUGGCGUGGAACGUGGGUUGUUAAAACUGUUAUUAGGAGUCAGAUUUACCAUCCUGUAAAAAUGAAAUUAUCUGCUAAGGAUAACACUCGAUUGCGAGAACUUCGACAUCCUAAUAUUUUGCAGUUUCUUGGUUCAAUUGUUCAUGGAGAGGAGAUGGUUCUGAUCACAGAGUAUCUAUCAAAAGGGAAUUUAGAAGAUAUAUUGUGCCGAAAAGGUCGACUUGACCUACCUGCGGCUCUUCGCUAUGCACUUGACAUUGCCAAGGGAAUGAAUUAUCUUCAUGAGCACAAGCCCUUACCCAUAGUGCACAAUCAUUUGGAUCCCAGAAACUUGUUACAGGAUGAAGGUGACCACUUGAAGAUUGGUGAAUAUUGGGUUCAAAUAUUCUAUGAACAAAUUCAUCCUAAUCAAGACAUGUGCCAAAAAAAGGAUGAUCCCAGUGGUACCAGCAUUUACCAAUCAAAUGACACCAAGAAAGAUAUUUACAGAUUUGGGCUCAUAUUUUAUCAGAUGUUAGAGGGAAGACACCUGACUGACAUGAAUUUUGACUUCGUAAAUCUCAAAUCUGUCAAUUUUGAACCAAAGUUUCAGAUCAGCCGUUGUCCUAAAAGAAUUCAACAGCUGAUAGAGGAUUGCGCAAGCAAAGAUGUUGAAUCAAGGCCUUCAUUUUCUGCUGUCAUACAUAUCUUAGAAGAAGUUUCGAUGAGUCUAGGGAGAGCCACAUGCCCCGUCUGUUGAAUUCAUAAUGGAAGUCAAAUUGAUAAUUGCGCAUGCUCAAUCUCUAAUAAAAUAAUUUUACAAUGUGGAAUGAACGGUAAUACUGCCAGUUUAAAAAGUGUUGCAGCUUGAAAAAGCACUAGUUGCUUGUACAGUCUGCAAUAAUUUGUUGUACAAUUCUCUAUAUGCUACACUUUUGACAGUAACAUUAUCCUUUAA